AUGCCCUACAGUUUUGACCAGGCUAGCAAGGAUGUGGUUAAAAAGCUUCAAGGAAGAGAUCUGAGGCCUGUGGAAUGCCUGUCAUAUGCAACCAAAUUUCGCCUGUUUAACAUACUUCAGGAAACUUCUUCCCGGUUGGCUUUCAAAACUGAAUAUAUUCCAGUUGGAUUUACCCUUCUGCAUAUCUUGGAGCCCAAUAUUCCUGUUCCAGAGCCUGAAGUGUCAGCUCCCAUUGCCCUCAAACAUGACCUAUUUAUGGAACUGGAGGCUAACUUGGAUGUCCGAGACAGUGCAGGAGGAGGUGUAGGGUUUGAUAAGUCCGGUGGAUACGACAUCGAGGUUCAGAGUAAGAGCAUCCCAAAUCCAAAACUGGAAAGUCUUCAAAACAGAAAACUGUUGGAUCAGUUGCCCACAUUCAUGAAGACUUGCCGGACAGAUGGAAAGAACCUGUAUGUGGUGACAGAGGCCUAUGAAUUGACCAAAGAUACUGUGCUGGAAGGCACAAGCAAUGGCAAAUUUUCAAUCAAAGGGAUCAUCAACCAGCUGGUCAAGGGUGAAGCCAAGGGGCGAAGGAUGAGAAAGGAUUCAAUAAGUGUCCCAAAGGGUUCUGUGAUGGCCUACAAGCUGCAGCAACUUGUCAUUGAGAAUAACACUUGUGUCAUUCUCCAUUCUCAUCAUGGUAAGAAGAGGAUGACCUUUCCAGGCAUACCCAAGUAUGAAUCUGCUCCCAACCCUACUGACAGAUAUCUGGAGAUAAGCAUUGCGACAGGCCCGUGGAAAAAUGACAUCGAUCCAAUUGGAAGAAUAAAGGAGCCGGCCCAUCUAGAUUUCAGGUGCCUGCAAAAUGAAGUUUACAAACAAACAGAGCGACUGGCUGAACUCUCAAAGAAUGUUCAAGAAGUUGUGUUCUCCAGUUUCCUGCACAUGCUCUGUGAAGGUGACAGGAACGUCCUGUAUGACCUGAUGAACAAGCUGGAGUUGAAUCAGUUGGGGCAUAUGGGUGGCCCAGGUGGCAAAAUCCUGGAUGAGCUGCGAAAGGACUCGAGCCCUCCAUGGAUUGACCUAAAGGACCUCAUUCUUUAUCUCCUUCAAGCCCUGAUGGUGCUGAGCGAUACCCAACUCUGUCUGCUGGCCCAGUCUGUGGAGAUGCGGCUCCUCCCGCACCAAGUGGACCUGGUAAAGAGCAUCCUACAGCCAAACUUCAAGUAUCCCUGGAACAUUCCCUUCACACUCCAGCCUCAGCUUCUUGCCCCACUCCAGGGUGAGGGCUUGGUCAUUACUUAUGGAUUGCUGGAGGAGUGUGGUCUGAAGAUGGAGCUGAAUAAUCCCAGGUCAACUUGGGAUUUGGAAGCCAAGAUGCCCCUAUCUGCUCUCUAUGGUAGUCUGUCAUUUUUACAGCAACUUUCGGGAGCCUAA